AAAUAAAUGGCUGCUGUGUGAAGACAAUCAUCAAGUAUGCAGCUAUAAACCACCGCAUUUCAGCGAUUCUGUAGCAGCUUAUCUAAAGCAACAACUCAGAUGAACAAGUAAAGGUGCAUGGAACAAUUUUUUCAGGAAGGCUUGGAUAUGUUUGAGGGCGACUUGAAGCUUCAAAAGUAAAGAUGUUCCACUGUGAAGAAGAACGAAAAGAAUCUGCUGAACCAGGAGAAAUAAUUGAUGCUCCUCGGCCAAUGGCAAGCAUGGCAGAAAGUGAUGAUGUUUACAGAUGUGCGGAACCGGUGAUGAACAUUGACGAUGGGGCAUCUCGAGGGGUGACAUUUGGGGAGGUACCCCCAACACCAACAUCAGUGUCUCCAGGGCGAAGACCUCUCUCUGGUUUGGAGGAUACGAUUACACUUGCAGAUGGGGACGCAAAGACCAGAACCACAAAGAUAAAAAAGGAGAUAAAAAUGUUGACUGAGGACGAGGUCAAAGAACAUCGCCAGAAGAUGCUCUAUAAGAUAAACUCUUAUUGCAUCCCUUGCAUCAAAAAUAAAUUCUUGAGUGUCCCAGAGAGCACGGAGUUGAACAUGGAACAAUUUGCAACAGAUAUGGAGUUUCGGGAAGCGCUUUUAUAUAUUAGAAAUUCGUAUAUCAAUGCUUUGAAGCAUCAGCCAAUUGGGCUGCGGAAUACGUUGAGGAACGACAUCGCCCUAGCUUUAGUUGAUGCGGAUAUCAUGCCGGUGUAUAAUCAAAUUCUGGAGCUUUUCUUCAAGUUAGACUUUGUUGACGGUGAGGGGAAGUUGGUUAAGAAGUAUUUCAAUCCUGUGGCCCAUGUCAUGAUCACUUUGUUCAACUUCACGGAUAAAACAGAGGAGUUUACUCGAGCGAUAUGCCGAACCCCUGGUCUUCUGGAGCUGGUCGUCUGGUUCUUGAGGGAGAAAAGAGAAGCCCACUUUUCUAAGGAAAUUGACAAGCAAGUUGAUAAAAUAGUCAAAGCCAGCCUGUCUACUCUUUACAACUGCUCUAGAGUAAGCGACAACCGUCAGCGCCUCCUGGAAGUCGGAGCCUUCGAGACGGGGUCGGCGUAUCUCGAUUCAAAGUAUCCAUCCUAUCAGAUGUCCGCCCUUUUCCUCAUUGCAUAUCUCUCGGAUGAAGAAAAAAGCCAUGUGUUUGCGGCGCGGAAACCUCUUCUGGAAAAACUUGUGAACAAUUUGACAGCAGCGUUAGAGCGGGAGGAUCGCCAGUAUAUGGGUUGGUCAGCUUUGGAGUUGAUAAAGGGUAUUGAUGUGCUUGCGAGAAAUGACACGAAUAAACGUCUUGUUGUCGAAUGUGGUGCGUUUGACUCAUUGAUGAAAGCUAUGAGGAGAGAGGACCUACCGACGGAACAGUUAGAAUCUACAAAGACUAUCUGGACGCUGUGUUUCAACAAAGACAACAAGGCCCAGAUGGCUGAUGAUGCUGACGCGAUGGAUUGGUUUGAAACUGUUGCCGCAGAUCCUGACCAUCAGUGUCGCAAGAUGGCAAAAGGGAUACUAUGGACGGUUACGCAGAUAUCGGCUUAUGAACCCGGUAACACAGUGGUUUUUGAAGAAAUGGUUGCCAAACGUCGGCCAAGCACGGCAGAUAUUAACGACGUCCAACACAUAAUGAUCAGUUACCAGUGGGACGUCCAGCCUCUCAUGAUCAGGAUUAAGGACAUGUUGAAAAGUCACGGCUACAAGAUCUGGAUGGACGUGGAGCACAUGCAAGGCUCAACGCUCUCAGCGAUGGCUGAUGCAAUCGAGCAGUCGUCAGCGGUCAUAGUUGCAAUGUCGCAGAAGUACAAAAAUAGUCAGAAUUGUCGGGUUGAGGGCGAAUACGCAUUUACGAAAGGAAAGAGGAUCAUUCCACUGAUAGUCGAGCCGAAAUAUAAACCUGACGGCUGGUUGGGGCUGAUUCUUGGAGCCAAGUUGUAUUACAAUUUCAGCAGGGGAGAGGCUUUUGAGGCUACGAUGGAGAAUUUGAUGCGAGGGCUUGGAAACCAGGGAAAAAUAGGCCAUAGUAUGCCUCAGCGACACCCGAGUAUCACCAUCACUCCAGAGUCGUCUGUCCUGGUGCCCAAUGAGCAUGCAGCGCCGCCCCAGCGCCCUCCUCCUCAGCCCAUCUUUGAGGCAGCGAGUCCUAAAUCGGAUAUUGAGGCCUGGGGAAGUGCCAACGUGGAGAAGUGGAUGGACGACAAUGGCAUCAACAGGUCCCACAUCAGUAACCUGACAGGGCGCCAUCUUUUGUUCUUCCAAGAAAUGAAACGGACGGCCCCCGACUUCUAUUACAAGUACAUACGACGGCUCUUUACGGGGAAACUACCGAUGGAGGAGCUGGAUGCUCUCAGCUCGUUCAGCGCAGCAAUAGAGAAGUUGUGAUCUCAUAGGUGUUAGUGGUGAUUUUAUCAUAGGACGAGAGAGGCAGCGUGGAAACUACCGAUGGAGGAGCUGGAUGCUCUCAACUCGUUUAGCGCAGUAAUAGAAAAGUUGUGAUCUCAUAGGUAUUAAGUGGUGAUUUGAUCAUAGGACUAAAGAGGCAGCGUUUUAUCAUAGGACUGGAGAGGCAGAGGUUCAGGUAUUGGACUCGUAUUCUGAUAUAGUGGCUUCAAUAUCUGGCACAGACACAUUACAUCAAGGCGACUUUGCGUAUCACUGGACGCGUGUGCCCAUAUAUGCGGCCAUGGCGAUUUAGCGGAUUCUGCGGAAUCAGCAUAAAAACAGCACAAGAAUAUCGCUAUUAUGAUAAGUUAUCCUUAUAAUAAAUAUUUGUAAUAUUCCAUAACUGUUAAAUUGUCUAAACCGCUAAGAUUAUCAAGCAUUUCGGAAAAAACCCAACAUGCAUGAAAAAAAUGUCUGCAUUCUAUUAUCGGACGAUUUCCACAUUGGCCGUGAUAACCCAGGCCGAGUUGGUAAUAGGCCGAGUUGGCCCGUAAUCGUGUAAGUCGUUACGCACCCGAAAAACACACGUCAUUUUCGCUCAUUCGUUAAUUUGUUAAUAUCGUGCAGAAUACAAUAGGGACGGACACUUUUUCCACGGGACAUUUUAAACUUCUACACUGGCCUGGUUGACACAUCUCUCUUUAUUUUACAACAUCGCAAAAUUGUGCACGAGCAACAUACGAUUGCCUUGAUGAUACAUCAUAAGUUAAGAUAUUCAAGUCACAUGAUGACUGAUGAUGUCCAGGACUCCCAGAUGACAAAUCAGUUUAAACAGAGAAUUUCCCACUCUCAUGAUAAUAAAUAAAAGAUUUUUCUAAAACGUC